AUGGCCUCUCUUGCUCAGAAGAGCAAGAAUGAGACCGUCGAGCUCAUGGUCAGCUUUAUCGAGAUCUACAACGACGAGAUCAUCGACCUUCUCCUCAACCCUCCCUCCCCCGACUCCGCAUACGAUCUCUCCGCCUUUUGUCCCCCAAAGACCCAGAUAAAAGCGCCCAUCAAAAUCAAUGAGGAUAAGAGUGACGGAUCAAUCGACUUGGUAGGCUGUAAGAAGCUCAAGAUCAAUGAUCUCAAUCAGGCCAUGUCGCUCUUCAAUCAUGGCCUCAAUCAGAGAUCUAUCGGGUUCACUCAAAUGAAUCAAUCCUCUUCCCGCUCUCAUGCUAUCUUCACCCUUCAUCUCAUCUCCUCCUCCUCCUCCUCUGCCGAUCCCGCCAUCUCUUCCAAUUCUGCGCCUUCGUCUAAUCUGGUUAAGAAAACUUCCUCUAAAUUUCAAUUCGUCGAUUUGGCUGGCUCGGAACGGAUUAAUAAAACUAAAAAUCUUUUGGGUGGGGAUCGAUUCAAAGAAGGCAUUUUCAUCAACGCCGGAUUACAUUCGCUAGGAAAUGUGAUCUCGGCACUUAGUAAUCAACCCUCUUCGACGUUAUCACAGGAUGAUAAGAAAAGCAAGAAGAAGAAUCACAUCCCGUAUCGGGAGAGUAAAUUGACUCGACUUCUUAAGGACUGUUUGGGCGGGAACUCGAAGACGAUUUUGAUUAGUUGUAUCAGUCAAAACGCGCAAGACUUGAACGAAAGUUUGAACACAUUACGAUAUGCGAUCCGGGCGAAGAAGAUUGAGAAUGUGAGUCAGAAGACGACCAAAGUGAUCUCGACGCCUUCGAUUAUUCCGAUGGGGAUGCCGACGAUGAGCACAAUGAUGAGUCGGGUGGGGAGCAGCAAGAGCAAGCUACAGCCGCUGGGGGGGACGCGUCGGCUCCAGAACGGCUCAAUGACGAGCAUGUCGUCCAGGACGGUGACCAGUCGAGCGGGCACGGUGGUGAUGCCCACCGGAGCUGAUCAAGGCGCUCCAGGCGAUCGUCUCCAAAGGCGCUUCUUCCAUUCUUCUUCCUCCACUCCGGCCUUGUUGAACGACGACGACGACUCGCUCUGUCCCGCCGUCUAUCUCGCCGAACAGGUCCACAAGUUCUUCCUCCUCAACCAGAACAGCCAGGUCCGUCUCCAUGGCCCCUUCAGUCGACCGAUCAAGAUCGACUCCCAGCUCGUCAACAUCCUCAAAUCUCACUUCGCCAUCCAACUCCCUUCGGCCACCGGCUCCUCCUCUGGUCUAUCUAAGCCGACCUCAUCGGCUGUCAUGAUCCAUCGGAACAGUCGGAUCGUCUCGAGCUAUUCGAACCCGUUGACCCACUCGAUUGGCUCUUCCGUCUCCACUUCUUCACACAAUAACAACCCUUCUUCGCUUGUCAUGAGUGCGACUCCGUCGACCGAAUCAGAGGGUCAAGGGGGACCACCAACGUUGGUCGACGAUCCGUUCUUACUCUUCCUGGUCGACCUGAAUGCGUUCUUCUGUAACUCCGUCUCCCCGCCUCCUUCCUCCACCACCACCACCACUCAUCCUUCUUCCUCGAUCGCCGUCCCUACCGCUUCAAACAACACCGUCAUCUCUUCCUCCUCUAUGGGCUCCAGAAUCGGCUCGAACAUCGGCGCCUCUUCUUCGGCGGCCAGGACUGAGGGGCCCCCGGCUUCGUCGUCUUCUAAGGCUUUGGCACUGGCUUAUAAUAAACCAUCCCUUCUCCCCCAUAUCAGGCCUAAUAAACCCGCCCGGAUUCCCCUGUUUUAA